UUUGACAGCUCUGUACUACGAGACAACAGCUCCAAGUUGACUGAAACUAUGGCAGAAACGGCUCCUGCACCCGCGGCUGCUCCGGCCAAAUCCCCGAAGAAGAAGGCGGCAGCAAAGAAGACGAAAAAGCCUGGACCAAGUGUGUCAGACCUUAUCGUGAAGGCAGUUGCAGCUUCUAACGAGCGUAAAGGAGUUUCCCUGGCUGCACUGAAAAAGGCUUUGACAGGUGGUGGAUAUGACGUUGAGAAAAACAACUCUCGCGUCAAAAUUGCCUUGAAAUCUCUCGUGAAAAAGGGGGCGCUUGUUCAAACUAAAGGCACUGGAGCGUCCGGCUCUUUCAAGGUGAGCAAGAAACCAGAAGCCAAAAAACCUACGAAGAAAGUUGUGGCGAAACCUAAGAAGCCCGCCGUGAAGAAAGCAGCGGCCAAGGUGGCGAAGCCGAAGAAGGCAGCAGUGAAGAAACCUGCGGCGAAGAAGGCUCCCAAGAAAGUGAAGAAACCGGCUGCGACCAAGAAAGCCGUCAAAAGCCCGAAGAAGGUGAAGAAACCGGCUGUGAAGAAAGUUGCAAAGAGUCCCAAGAAGGUGAAAGCAGCGAAGCCUAAAGCCGCGAAACCCAAGGCUGCCAAGGCGAAGAAGGCUGCUGCCAAGAAGAAGUAGACUGACAGACUCCACUCCAUAAACACAAAGGCUCUUGUAAGAGCCACCCCAUCUUCACAAAAGUGCAAAUAUUUCCAGUGCAUGAAUGAAGGCUAACGCCUUUUUUGAUAGACUGAGAGAAUGCUUCCUAAGUAAGAUGUGAGACCGUGUUUUGAGAUGUCUUGUUUGAGUCGUAUUUCUAUAAUCACCAGCAGCACAUUGCUGUGAAAUACUUUUGUCAAGAAAGGCUUUUAUAAACAUGUCAGUCUACCUCUGUAACGGACUCACAAAGCCGAUUACUUUGUGAAGAUUUCAAUCCUCCAGAGAUUAGACAGAAGCGUCCGCUGGUUGGAAAGUGUAUACUUUAACAUACAAGCUCAGUUUGUCUUAGUAUAUCUUGGGCGUGGAUGUGUGCACGUAUGACUUGUGAAUGAGGAUGUUUUUUUUUUUUUUUAUUACUUAAUAGAUUUAUGUAAUGUUAUAUUUUGUAUUAGCGUAUAUGCUCUGCGACCUUCCUGUAAAUACAGCAAUACCUAACGAACAUUUCUAUAAUUUAUUAAAUGUUGUUGAUGUUUGGAAUGUGUAAUAUACAUUCCUUUUUUGUGAAUUUUUCUUUCUGUCCCUAUUCAUAAACAUCUAUUUUGUCCAAAAACGGUUUUGGUAUAAAAAACAAACAAAUAAUAAAAUAAAAAACAAUACAGUAUCAAAAUGA